AUGGACUUCAUCAUUGGGCUAUCCAAGUCGGAGGACAAUGGCUCUAUCAUAGUGAUAAUGGACAGGUUCUCUAAGUACGUGACCUUCAUAGCAGCCCCGAUUGACUGCACUGCGGAAGAGACGACGAGGCUAUUCCUAAAGCAUGUAGUCAAGUAUUGGGGGUUGCCUAAGUUCAUCAUCAGUGAUUGUGAUCCGGGUUUCAUUGGGAAGUGUUGGACGGACCUCUUCAAGCUUAUGGGGUGGCACGAGCAAGUUGACAUAGCGCGCUCAUACUUGAACAAGGCCGCUAAGAAAAUGAAGAAAUGGGCUAACAAGAAGCGACAUCACACGGAGUACAAGGUCAGAGACAUGGUGCUUGUCAAGCUCCUUCCUCAACAAUUCAAAUCCCUAAGGCCGGUGCAUAAGGGCCUUGUGAGGAGGUAUGAAGAACCAUUCCCCAUACUUGGGAAAGUCGGCAAGGUGUCCUAUAGAGUUGAGUUACCACCAAGGUUGAAGAUUCAUCCUGUCUUCCACGUGAGCUACUUGAAACCCUAUCACGAAGACAAGGAUGAUUCGAGCCGAGGGUUGUCUAAGAGGGCACCUACAGCGAUUGUGACCUCCUAUGACAAAGAGGUGGAACACAUCCUUGUAGAUCGGGUCAUCAGGAGACGAGGUGUACCUCCUGUUACAGAAUACCUAGUAAAAUGGAAGAGAUUACCGGAGAGUGAGGCUAGCUGGGAGCCAGCAGAUGCACUAUGGUAG